AUGUGUGGGUGGGGUGAAAUAUUUCACUGUGAUUGUGAACAGUCUAGUUCAGCCUCAGACAUUUGCCAGGGAGAUGGAUGGAGUCGGUGGGGGGAGACGGAUGGAGUCGGUGCUGAGAGUGCACAAUUCGACAAAGGGAAUGAAGGUAAUGGCUUCAAUCUUCCCAAUAUUGAAAUGGCGGAAUUUGUCUGCUAAUCCUGUGCUGGCUGUCAGACAAGUGAGGAUGGUGUGUGACUGGGAAGUGACGGUGUUCACAUUCAUCGGCUGGACUGGUCCUUCCGGAUGGUGAAAAUUCAAGGAUUGAGAAAUUUCUGAUCAAGUUGGAAGCUGUUUCAUAUCCUUCUCCUUUACCACCUGCCUGUCCCUUUGUCUUACAUUCCUUGCAAGGCCAGAGUCUUCCGUGUGUCGGAACUAGGUGUGGGUGUUGUGCUUAAGUGGUAGACUGUGGAAGAAAUUUCUUGUAACCCGAAAUUACUUUUAGGUUUCAAAUCCAGCUGCGCAGAAAAAAAAUUGAUUUCUGAGAGAAAUUUAGAGCUAAUAUUUUGACUGAUGUGACCUUGCAAGGAACAAAGAAUUUUAUCAACAUAAAAUGCAAGCAUUAUUGAAAUCAACGAUAAUUUAUCUCUAUUAUGUAUCUCUGCCUGUCCAAAGUCAUUUUCUCUCUGCCUACAACCCCAAACGCCUACAUCCCCUGCCUCAUCCUAUUACAGAUUAGAGUUUUAUGUAAGACCAAACCAGGUGGAAUGUUCCCUUCCCUGAAAGACAUUUGUGAACAACUGGGUAUUUAUGACAAUCCAUUAGCUUUCAUGCUAACUUUCUCCCAGGGCCAGCCUUACAAAUUACAAGAUUUAUUCAACUCGAUUUUCCCAACUUCUCUUUUCUGGGUUCUCUCUCACUCAUUUUUUUCUCCCCCCUCUGUCUUAAACCUAUUUCACAGGAUACCACAAGAAUAGUGUUUGCAGUUGGGCAACGAAACCGAAUGUUGAAUCAGAAUCUGACAGUCGCCCAGUUUGUUUUAACCUGAAUUUUGAACAUGGAAGAAGACAGCACCGUUCUCAGUGGAGAGAAACCGUAUACAGGUUCUGUGUGCGGACAAGGAUUCACUCUAGCAUCUGAUCCGUCAAAACCCAAAUGCGGUGACGGUGGGGGGAAGCCGUGGAAAUGCGGAGACUGCGGCAAGGGGUUUAUUUCCCCAUCAAAGGUGGAAAUUCACCGGCGCAUUCACACCGGGGAGAAGCCGUUCACCUGCACCAAGUGUGGGAAGGGCUUCACUCAGCUAUCUGACCUGCUGACACACCAGAGAGUUCACACGGGGGAGAGGCCGUUCACCUGCCCUGACUGUGGGAAGGGUUUCACCCAGUUCACCCACUUGCUGACGCACCAGCGCGUGCACACGGGAGAGAAGCCGUUCGCCUGCUCCGACUGUGGGAAAGGCUUCGCUCAGUUAUCCAACGUGCUGCGACACCAGCGGGUUCACACCGAUAAGAGGCCUUUCAAAUGCCCAGAGUGCGGGAAGUGCUACAAAAGCUCCGAGGAGCAAACGUCCCAUCAGCGUGUUCACACGGACGAGAGGCCGUUCAGGUGCUCUCACUGUGAGGCUGGUUUCAAGCGCUCGUCUCAACUGACUCUACACCAGCGGGUUCACACUGGAGACAGGCCGUUCACUUGCUCCACGUGCGGGAAGGGGUUCACUCAGUUAACCCAUCUGCUGACACACCAUCGAACGCACACCGGGGAGAGACCCUUCACCUGCGCGGAGUGUGGAAAGGGCUUCGCCCAGCUCACCCACCUGCUGGUCCACCAGAGAUCUCACACUGGGGAAAAGCCGUUCACCUGCUCUGCGUGUGGCAAGGCAUUCACGGCCUCGUCCAUUCUGCAGGCACACCAGCGGGUUCACACUGAUGAGCGACCAUUCAGGUGCUCCUACUGUGGGACAGGGUUCAAGCACUCCUCUCAACUCACUGUCCACCACCGUCUUCACACGGGGGAGAGACCGUUCACUUGCUCCGACUGUGGCAAAGGAUUCACUCAGUCAUCCCACCUACUGAGACACCAGCGAGUUCACAAAUAACUGGAGGGAUUGAACGUUGUUGUGGAUUCAGACUCUCUCUCGAGUGGUUUAUUAUUGAUAAUUAAGAGGUACUGUUUUCUGUCCUUAAACGUAAUAGGCUCCGGGACUGGAGGAGGUGCUGACAAUGGCACUGAGGGAAAUGAAAAUAGAAACUGCAGCGAUACUGCCAUAAUAUUCUAAUCUGCCUUACACAGGGAUGGUGCCAGAGGAUAGAAGAAUUGCAAAUGUCAGGCCCCUUGUUGUAAAAUGGCCAUAAAGACCAGUUCAGUCAAUGGAACAGCAGCAAUGAGUAUUCUUCUGGAAGUAUUCAUUCGAGACAAAUUAAAGUUCAUAUCAGUAAUUACUGGUUAGUUAAUCAGAGUUAGCAUUAAUUUUAAGGCAAAAUUGUCAUUGCUGGAGAUUGUUUUAAAGUUCAUCAGUUAAUGUGGUGUGUGUGUGUACCUCUAAAAGGUAACUGAUACAAUGCCACACAACAGACCAGUGAGCAAAGUUAGAGCUCAUGGAAUGAAA